AUGGCUCAGCAGCGCCACGCCAUCCCCCCACCGCUCAAGACAGAGGAGGACUACAUCCCCUACCCCAGCGUGCACGAGGUGCUGGGCCGGGAGGGGCCGUUCCCCCUCAUCCUCCUGCCGCAGUUUGGGGGUUACUGGAUCGAGGGCACCAACCACCAGCUGAGCGGGGCACCCGAGUCCCCCCCCACCCCGGCACCCAGCACCCGGGCAAGGCUUGAGGGCAACCACACGGCCAAGAUCUACCGCAAGCACUUCUUGGGCAAGGAGCACUUCAACUACUACUCCCUGGACCCGGUGCUGGGCCACCUCGUCUUCUCCCUCAAGUAUGACGAGCAGGAGCACCUCCACCUGCUGCUGCGCACCCGUGCCCGCACCCUGCACGACGUGGUGCCCAUCUCCUGCCUGGCCGAGUUCCCCAACGUGGUGCAGAUGGCCAAGGUGGGUGCAACACCUCCGGCAUCCCGCCUCAUCCUCGCCUUCGACGAGCGACGAGUCAGCAACCACUUCAGAUUUGGGGGCCCCGAGUUCCAGGAGUUCCUGCUGACGAAGCUCAUCAACGCCGAGUACGCCUGCUACAAGGCCGAGAAGUUCGCCAAGCUGGAGGUGGGUGCAAAUGUGGGUGCUGGGUGCUGA